CCUUAAGCUAGCAUACCUAGCUAUGGCUUCAGCUACCUUUAUACUUUCAUGCACCACCGCCGCCAUCUCCUUCUCCCAUCUCCAAAAACCUUCAAACCCCUUAGGUAACCCAAAGCCGCCCAAGCACCGCAGCAGCAAAGUCUCACGUGCUGCUUCCUCGUCAAAAGAUCAAGAACCGGCGCCGGAAAACACCAUCCCUCCGGGCAUGACACUUGACCGGAGAAAUGUCCUUUUAGGUCUUGGCGGCCUCUACGGCGCCUACAACCUAUCCCCUUCUGGUGGCAGCGCCCUGGCUAGUCCGGUCCCGGCCCCAGACAUUACCAACUGUGGGCCGGCAACCAUUACCUCGAGCACUGAAAAAGUGCCCUAUUCUUGUUGCCCUCCCUUCUCCGGCACCGUAGUUGACUACAAGCUCCCGGCGUUCUCCACGCUGAACGUCCGGCCGGCCGCUCACGCCGUAGACGAGGAGCAGUUGGAGAAGUACAAGACAGCCGUUCAGAGAAUGAAGGAACUCCCGGAAGAUGAUCCCCGGAAUUUUUACCAGCAAGCCAACGUCCACUGCGCUUACUGCAACGGCGCUUAUAAACUUGCCGGCGGUGAGGAAUAUCAAGUCCACUUCUCAUGGCUAUUCUUCCCCUUCCAUAGAUGGUACCUUUACUUCCAUGAGAGGAUUUUACAAUCCUUGAUCGGGGAUCCAACAUUCACCAUGCCGUACUGGAACUGGGACAACCCACAAGGCAUGUUCCUCCCUGAAAUCUUCGACGAUCAAACCUCACCGUUGUACGAUAAGCUUCGUGACCAGAGACAUCGAAUGGAUUUCAUCGUGGACCUAGGUUACUCCGCAGGUGAAGCGCUUGACGCGACUGAAAUCCAAAUCUUGCAGAACAACCUUGCGAUAAUGUACCGCCAAAUGGUGACCAACGCGCCGUGCCCAUAACUCUUCUUCGGCAAAGCGCUCCGAGGGGAGGGAUACGACACUCAAUCUGGUGGCGGGUCUCUAGAGAGUGUUCCUCACAACCCUUUGCAUCGAUGGGUCGGUGACCCCACAACGGCUCACAUCGAGGAUAUGGGUAACUUCUACUCCGCAGCUAAAGACCCGGUUUUCUAUUCUCUUCAUGGGAAUGUGGACCGGAUGUGGUCUGUUUGGAAAAGUUUGGGUGGCAAGCGUCAGGAUAUAACUGACCCAGAUUGGCUACAGUCUGAAUUCCUAUUCUAUGAUGAAAAUAAAAAUCUUGUCAAGGUCAACGUUCAAGAUUGCCUUGAUCACAAGAAACUUGGCUACAGUUUCCAGGUUAACGAACAAAACAUAUGGUAUUCAUGUACUUCAUGUCUAUUUCAUUUGCAUAUCAUCAUUAACUUUGUUGUUCAUUUUUUGAAGGAUAUGCCCAUGCCAUGGAUGAACUUCAGAAUGACGAGGAAGAAGAAGACAAAGUCAAGAACCACCAAUCUACUUGUUCCUUUGGCCAUUAACGUAGUACCAACAACCUUAGAACAGACUAUAACAUUUUAUGUGAUGAGACCAAAGACAGCAAGAUCAAAGCAAGAGAAGGAAGACAUGGAGGAGCUAUUGAGUCUCAACUUAACAUACGAUGAAACUAAAUUCAUUAGGUUCGAUGUAUUCCUGAAUGAAGACAACCUCGUAAAGGAGACCGAGUUGGAUCGUGCAGAGUAUCUCGGAAGUUUUGGCAACCUGGCUCACAUUCAUGAGAGUUCCAAUGAAAACCAACCAAAGACAACGACAUACAACCUGGCAAUAACUGAGGUACUUGAAGACUCUGGGCUUGAACUUGACAGAAAUGUUGCAGUUACUAUUGUACCAAAAUAUAAUGGCCACUUCAUGACUAUCAAUAGUGCCAACAUCUCAUUGCUACCUUGCUAAGGUAUUGCAACUUUGAAAUAUGUGAAAUAUGUUGAGGUAUGUGAAAUAUGUGUAUAUAGAAAAAUAAGGUUCGCUAGGUUGAGCCACAUUAAGUGUGUUUGUUUUUCAAUCCUAUUAUGUUUAAGAAAGAUCUAAACAAUCUUCUUAAUAUCGAAAGUCUAUUUAGUAAAUAUUGGUUGUAUAUGAUGAACUUUGAUUUAUGUUAGAUUUAAGAUAUUGUAUGUGGCUUUCGUUAUGAUUCUAUUUGCGUGUCACUUAUUGAUU